GCCAUGUCUGCGGUAUAUGGAGGAGUGGAGGGGUGAGGCUGCGUGUCCUGAUGGAUUUGUCGUUUAACUCUUUGCAUGGCGUACACUUAUUAGCGUUAAUAUAACUCUCUCAGCUCUGCUACAUCUCUGUCUGGGGAGGAACCCACUCCAAAGCGGUUCUGAUCUCAGAGGAUGGACGGAUCUUGUGUGAGACAGAAGGACCUAGCAGCAACCACUGGUUGGUCGGCACAGACAAAUGUUUGGAAGUGAUCAACUCAAUGGUGACCGAGGCUAAACAGAAAGCGGGGCUGGACCCUCGUCUUCCCAUCAGAUCCUUGGGCAUGUCACUGAGUGGUGGAGAUGAGAAAGAAGCCAUCGACAAGCUGAUAGAAGAGAUGAAGCGACGCUUCCCGCAGCUCAGUGAGGACUACCUCAUCUGCAAUGACUCCAUAGGGGCCAUGGCCACUGCUACCAAAUUAGGGGGCGUUGUGUUGAUAUCGGGGACUGGAUCUAACUGCAAACUGGUAAACCCAGAUGGAUCUGUGACUGGCUGUGGGGGCUGGGGGCAUCUGAUGGGCGAUGAGGGAUCAGCAUACUGGAUAGCUCACCGAGCCAUAAAAACUGUGUUUGACACCAUUGACAACCUUGUGGACCCAGAAUUUGACAUCACCUACGUGCAGGAAGCUAUGUUCUGCUAUUUCCAGGUUUCUGGUCUGUUGGGUAUCCUCCCUCAUCUGUACCGAACGUUCGAGAAGUCCAGGAUAGCCGGAUUCUGCAUCAAGUUGGCAGAAGGUGCUAACAAGGGGGAUGCCCUAUGUCGUUCAGUGUUUCAUUGUGCCGGUGAAAUCCUUGCCCGUCAUGUUGUGGCCGUCAUGCCAAAGAUUGAUAAGGUCUUAUUCCAGGGGGAGCUGGGUCUCCCGCUGCUGGCUGAAGGCUCCGUGUGGAACAGUUGGGACCUUCUAAAAGAUGGAUUCAUCAAGGUUCUGGAUCAAGCUCGGAAGAGCCCCCAUGGCAGCCAUCUUUCCCGAUUCAGCCUUCUGAAGCUCAAGCAGCCAUCCGCUGUGGGCGGAGCCAGCCUCGCAGCAAAGAAUAUUGGGAUUGAGUUACCGAUCCACUACCAGGAUAAUGUGAACGUCUUCUACAGCCACAGUUUCCCAUAAGCCUCGGAGGCGUCCAGUGCUGGUCACUGCUUCCUCUCAUAUAGAUUUUAUGUCUCUAGUUACAACAGAAAACAUCAGAGUUAAUCGCUCAUGUGUCUCCCCUAUCAGGGCCUUGUGAGAACAUAUAGGGGAACUCCAACUAUAAGCCACGGCAGAGAAUUGCUACUCCUCCCACUGGUUUCGGAGGGUGCCCACUUCUUCAAUUGCAUCCAGUGGACUCAAUCAGCUGUAAUUACAAAGCAUUAUAUUAGCCUGGUGUCUAGACUGAUACAACUGUAACAAACCCUCUGCUGUGAAUGACUCCUUCAUUGGCAAGCAUUUUUUUUUUGCUAUGCGAAAUAAUAGGACAUAAAUAUCUCAAUGAGAAUCGCAGUUACUGUCUUCAUCAUAGGCCUUCAGGGCCUGACCUUGGGAAUUUCGGCCUAUUAUGUAUUACUGGAUGAGUGCUAUGAAUAUUUCAGGAAGUCAAUUCCUUAUAAACGGGGCUAGUUUACAGAUCUACUGUGUUAUUGUAAGAGAUUAUUUGUACUUUUUAUACAGAUUUUUGACUAAAGGCAGAUUAUUAAUGAUUCAGUCACUAAUCGUGGAAAAUAAAAAUUGCAUUAUUGUA